AAAAUCAUUGCAUUUUGGAAAAAAAAAAAAAAGAGAGCGAGUUAAAGAGACCGAGGGAUCUCUUUGUCUUCUCAGAUUUUCUCUUUCCAUCUCUCAAUUCUCAAAACCCUAAUUUCUCUGCUUUCCCUUUUGCUUAAUCAAUCGAUCCUCGUCAAUGGCCAACAGUAAUCUCCCUCGAAGAAUCAUCAAGGAAACUCAACGUCUCCUCAGUGAACCUGCACCUGGAAUUAGUGCUUCACCAUCAGAGGAUAACAUGCGGUAUUUCAAUGUGAUGAUCCUUGGUCCAACACAGUCACCAUAUGAAGGUGGGGUUUUCAAGUUGGAACUAUUUUUGCCUGAAGAAUAUCCCAUGGCUGCUCCCAAGGUUCGAUUUCUUACAAAGAUAUAUCAUCCUAACAUUGACAAGCUUGGAAGAAUAUGCCUUGAUAUUCUCAAAGACAAAUGGAGUCCAGCUCUCCAGAUUCGAACUGUACUUUUAAGUAUUCAAGCACUUUUGAGUGCUCCAAAUCCCGAUGAUCCACUCUCUGAAAACAUUGCUAAGCACUGGAAAACGAAUGAGGCUGAAGCCGUUGAGACAGCAAAGGAAUGGACCCGUUUGUAUGCAAGCGGUGCAUGAAGACUGUUUGGUAUCAUUUGCCCUCUUAAAAUAACAUGUUAUGCAGUGUAAGCUAUUCCAUGUCAAUUACAUAUGGAAAUUUGGAAAAAUUGAUGUUUGAAAAGAGUCUGAUAUUCACAAAAAGCUUCCAGUUGCGACCUGUUUAUCGUUUUCUGGUUGGAAGCAGUCACUUAAGUUGUAUGAUAAAAAUACAAUGUUGUCUAAAACUCUCAAAUGCUGAACUAAGAGAUUAUUCUCAAAUACAGCUAUUUCAUGUUCUGUUUAUUUAUGAUAUUAAAGUUUGAUGCA